AUGUUGGGAAUUUUCAAGGAGAAGUUGGUUAAUGCACCCAAGGAGCUGAACAGUCCAGCUUCUUUGAAUUCAUGCACUAAGCCUAAGUUAAGCCAUGAAGUUGUGAAGGAUUUCAUGUCCUGCAAUUCCUCCAAUGCUUUUUCCAUGUGCUUUGGGAAUGAUGCUUUGCUAGCCUAUUCCCCUUCAAAAAACCCCUCUACUCAUCACAGGUUGUUUAGUGGUUUGGACAACAUAUACUGUGUUUUCCUGGGUGGCUUGCACAACCUUAGCAAGCUGAACAAGCAGUAUGGGCUGUCAAAGGGAACAAAUGAGGCCAUGUUUAUCAUUGAAGCAUAUCGGACACUUCGAGACAGGGGUCCAUACCCUGCUGAUCAAGUCCUCAAAGAACUUGAAGGCAGUUUUGGAUUUGUGAUCUAUGACAACAAGAAUGGAACAGUUUUUGUUGCAUCUGGUUCCAAUGCCCAGAUUGGGCUCUACUGGGGUAUUGCAGCUGAUGGUUCGGUAGUAAUUUCUGAAAAUCUGGAUCUUAUAAAAGCAAGUUGUGCUAAAUCCUUUGCACCAUUUCCAACUGGGUGUAUGUUUCAUAGUGAACAUGGUCUCAUGAACUUCCAACAUCCAACAAGGAAGAUGAAAGCAAUGCCUCGAAUUGAUAGCGAGGGGGUUAUGUGUGGGGCCAACUUCAAUGUCGAUUCUCAAUCAAAGAUCCAGGUGAUGCCUCGUGUUGGAAGUGAAGCUAACUGGGCAACUUGGGGCCAGUAA